AUGCCUUUGGGAUCCCGGGCGCGACCCCCGAUGGGGACGGAGGGGAGGAAUCCCUUCAGGGGGGACCCCCGGAGGGUUCCCGGCCCUUCUCGCGCGGCGCCGCCGCACCCCCGGCACCCCGGAAGGGCCGCGGCCGCCCGGGAGUUGUUUUUCAGUCCCCAAAGGAAAAACACCGAGGGCUGGACGCGCAGGUGGGGCCGGCGUCACCCCGAAACGCCGGGGGUGCCCGGGGGUGCCAGGGGUGGGGGGCACACACGGGGGACCCCCUCGCUGUGUCUGUCCCCUGCUCUAUGUGCCACCGGCGACGCCUCGGGUGCCACCCACGGGCUCCGGAUCCCCCGGCGAGAGAGAGAGAGAACAGUGCGGGGCUCAGGGACAUCUCGGGGGGCUCGGGGACACCACGGGGACAGCGAGGGGAGGGUCCCCAGCUCGGCACCCCCCAAAUCCCCGUCUCUGAGAGCCCCCUUUGUUCGGGGCCGGGGCCCGGCGCACACAGCCCCCUUUGUGCCGCCGCCGGGGCCGAGGGCAGGAGGUCGCUCCGAGCCCCUCCCGGUGCCCCCCCCCCGGGUCCCCCGGUGCUAUUCCUGGCGGCGGGGGCCGCGGUGGCACGCGGCUGAUAGCGGGGACGUGCCGGAGCUGCCAGCGGGGCCCCGCGCUGAUAACGCCCGGUCCCGCCGCCGCCGCGGCGCCCGGGAGGGGUGGGGGGGACCCAGCAUCGCCCCCCACCCUCCCCCGGGCAGGUGCACCCGGGGGUCGCGCCGCCCAAUCCCCCAGUGGGACCCUCGGAGCCGCCAGAGCUGCCCCGAGGCUCUCGAGGGUCCGGGGGGAGCGCCCGGGCCGGGGCGGGGGGGGGCCGUCCGUGCGUGCCCCGAGCUCCGCGGCCGCCCCCGGAGGGGUCCCGGGCCGGACAAAGCCGCCUUUGACCGCAGCCCCCCCCCCCCCCCCCCCCUCCCCGCGCCGGGGCCUGAGUCACGUCUGCCGGGUCCGGGGUGGCCCCGCACCCCUCGGUGCCCCCGGGGGUCCCGGUUUGGGGGGCUCGGCUCCCCCCCCCCCCCCCCCAGUCCCGCUCGCCACAAUCGCGGCUUUGUGCGGUGCCAGGGGAGGGGGCCCCGCGCACAAAGGGGGUUCUGUGCGCCCACGGAACAGCGCGGGGGGGACACCGAGCCCGGCACCCCCGCGGGGACCCCGCGCCCCCGGAGCCGGGGGUGUCCGCGGGGCUCGGCCCUCGGGGCGGUGGCGGCGGCGGGGCCGAAGUCCGGGCGGGCGUGGCGGGGCGGGGGGGCCGUGCCCGAGGCGCCCGCCUUGCGCAAGCCUCGCCCGGCCGGUUCGGGCACCGCGCUCCGGGAGCCGCGAGGGAGGGGACGGGACGGGACGGGACGGGGUGGGGGAGGACCUGGGGCGGGGACAGCGCUGGGGGCGGUCAUGGCCAGCUCGGAGGGGACAGAGGGACAUCAAGGGGUGGCCAUUGAGGAGGUGACACGACCACCGUGA